AUGUCCCUCCGCAUCGCACCCCCCGCCAACCACCCCACCUCAACAACCAACACCUCCACCCGCCAACAGAUCCCCAUCUGCCUCCCCCGACCAUCCAAAGGCGCCCCCUCGGCCCCGGGCCUCCCCGACACCCUCCGCGAGAAGAUCACCCAGCCGGCGCCCUCAGGCCCCCCGUCGUCGCAGACCGGCGUCCCGGCGUCCUCGCACCCCCUGGAAGCCCGGCUGCACGCCUGGCGCCAGACCCAGGACAGCAUGAAAAUGGAGACGCUGCGUCGGGCCUACGGCAUCGCGGAGCCGGUGCGUCGCGGCAUGGAGCUGAAGUUAGUGCGCGAUGGCACGUUCCGGCCUGCUGUGCUGGGUGGUGCUAGGGCGGGGAAUCUGCAUGAGGACAUUCUGGUCUUGGGUGGUCGGGAUGCGGAGAUUGGUUGGGAGGAUGUUUUUCAGGGCGACGAAUUCAAAGAACCCCCUACGUUCCACGACGAGAUGGAGAAGAGACUGCGGAUGGACUAG